UGUGAGUAGCUUCACUAGUUCAAUCGUUCAUGGACACUCGGAUCAGUAGCACGCUGAAAAAGCGUUUUUACGUUCUCAAAGUGAAGUGCUGGUGCUACGUUUGGAUAUCAACGACGAAUUGAAACAUUCGUAAUAUUAAUAGUAACAUUAAUCAUCAGAAUAAUGAUGAACGAAUAGAUAAUUAUUAUGUGCAAAGUGGAAUGAUUGUUAAUUCUCAGCUCAAUAACAACUACAUUGACAGUGUUAUCGUCAUUAAAGUGGAUUUAAUCGUGUUUAUCAAUACUCAAUCUAAUACACGAUCGAUUUGCGAAGAAGCAAACGAGAUUCUAGUUCCAUGUGUGAUCCUAUAGAAUUGUGUGCGUACACACAACUACCUUUACCAUUGUUUUAUCAUUCUCUCUCCCUCUCUCUUCAUUUUUCAUAACAAACAAUGUCAUACCGUCGAUCCUCAGAUAUACGGAUCGAGAAGAUAAAAUGAUUCUAUUAUUAUUAUAAAAAGAGGAUACUGCGCUCUUGUUGAACUCCUGUUAAAAACAAGAUUCCGCGGCGUUGAGAAGGCAGAAGUGAUCGCGAGCGUUGACCAGAAGUGAUUGGAUACACGCGGACUGUUAUCGCAAAAGCAACGUACAUCGCAAACCGGAUACGACGCAAAAAUGGUCAAACUAGUACGCAACUGUGCAGGAAAUAUUGUUAUGGUCAUUUUCGCACUACUCAAUUUCCAGAAUGUCCAGAGGAUCGAUGGGUACACUCUACAAAUGCCAGAGUCGGAUCGGGAAUCAAUGUACCCAUCGCCUGAUUCGGAAGAAACAAGCAACGGUCCUGUUCCUUCUUGCAAUAGCACGACGUUCUGUACAGACACUCCAUACUAUCCUACCGAUUUAGUGGACGUUCUUUUAAGCGGGGACAACCAUUUGAAGUAUCUCGCUACCAUUGAUGAGUCGGUGGAACCUUAUCGUCAGGAUUUCACUCCGGAUGGCGAAGCUCUAUGCAGCUCUCAGGAAAUGGUGGUGAUGCCAAGAACGGCACUGAGCGUAGGUGGUCUCUGGCUAUACGUUGUCAACUAUAAGAAUUACGUACAGGCAGUGAGAGUAGAAAUAUGCACGGCCGAGAAACGACCGUGCAAAGUGAUCGAUGGUUUUUCAGACGGAUGGAAAACAACUUGCAAGCAGACUUAUAUAUACCGGCAAUUGGUAGCCAUUACCAGAGACGGUAGUAUAGCACCGCAGUUGUUCAAACUCCCAUCAAGUUGCAAGUGUUUCAUCAAAUACACGGGCGAUCCAUUUAUGAGACUGCACUCCAGGCCGAAAAAUGGUAAAGCAAUAAAGAAUUCCCCGAACCAGAGGCUCGGACAAUAAUCCUCUUCAGAAAUAUCGACUGAGAGUUUCGAGUGUUUUCAAACGUAAACUCACCUUUGAAACUUUUUUCUUGCAACCUGCAUCCCAUUGUGGGGAUGAAGGAAAAGGUCAUUCUCGCGAUCGAGUUAAAUUUAUCAGGACUGUACAUGCGCAAGGGUUGAAAAAGCGCUCAACUCUACUCAGUAAUCGGCUGUUCCCCUUCCUCCAAUUGUUUGCGCGCGUUACUACGAAUAAUGUGCAAUUUCAUUGGUAUGUAGCCUCGGAAUUCGCGAGCCAUUUGAAGACAGACGAGGUUGUCAUGGCGUUAAAAAUAUUCCUACGAAAUUUGAAUAAUCCUGAAUACGGCGUCCGCCCUUUCGUGGCAAACUUCGUUGCCAUCAUAACGUUAAAUGUAUACGGGAAAUAAAAGAGCAGCUUACAAAGCCCGCUUGCUGGUGCAUGGAUUUUCACUGAUACGAAAGAAAAAUCGAAAAUUAUAAAAGCCAAACAAAGUACACGUAGAGAAAAUUUCACUAAAAGCUACUAUGGUGCCAUAGAAGCAGGGCUCUAUGUCGGUAAUGUUUAUUAAUUCUUACGAACAUACAUAGUAAUUUUUUGUGAUCGUAUGAUCGAUGCUUGUGUUCGAGCUCCUCAAAUUUUACUAUGUUCAACUGUAAAUUUCAAUUGUGAAAACAGUACUAAGUACUAAGCAAAACGACAUAAUAAUUUGACUUGGCAGUUCAUCAUCGAGUCAACAUAAAUUUUACAACGUUUCCUUGGUGAACUAUGUUAGGAAAAAAUAGCACAGUUUAAAUCUUUGUCACAGCAAAAUACGCAAUUUAAAAAUUUUCAUUCAGAAUUGACUUGGAAAUUACAAUAUUUUUGGUAAAAAUCUUCAAAAUGGGUGAUAUAGAACCCCAAUACCAUGGCAGCAUAGUAAUUCUUACUAUUUUUUUCUCUCCGUGUAUGAUAAUAGGAUAAAAAUAAUGAGAAGAGGAUAGUAAGAACAUGGGAAAUAACAUGGAGCAUUUCUUCAAAAGGAAUUCUGGGAUUAGAGACUAAAUAAAUGAAACAUGAGAUUGCAUAAAUGAGAAAAUCGAACGACGCCUGGUGACACCCUCCACUUUGAGCUAGUCUUUAAGAUAAUAACGUAGGAUGAAUUUAUACAUUACCUUAAUAGUGUACUAAAUUGGAGAUGCUAUUUUUUUUUUUUUUUUUGGAUUUUUGUUUAUGUUGAACUGGAAAAUCUAGAGUUUUAAACACGCACGCUUUGUGAAAGCGGAUUAAAUUAAUGAGAAUGCAGCGUGCUAUAACAAAAGAAGACUUGUCUCCAUUAACGUGAUGAUUAUACGUACCGUUGUUGCCAUAUUUGAAUUUAUGGAUUUUUAAAUAUAUUCAGAAUAUCGUGGCAAUUUUAAUAUUAUCACAGAGAAUCCCAUAAACGAGUGAUUUUUUAUCGAAAUUGCUGAGUAGAUCAUUCAAGUUAAUAUUCGCAGAGACAAUCAAUAAUUUUAAACCUAAAUCUUCAACGGAUUAUAAUUUUGUAAUCGAAGAUUAUACUCUUGUAAUUACUUCAAUUGAAUUACAGGAACUUUGACAUAAAAAAUGCUGUGGGGCUUAAAGAAUUUUUACCU